AUAAAUACUGCGGCUGUAUUUAAGUUUCCGGUGAAAAAUGUCGCUUAAAUUAAUCAUAAUUUAAUGAUUAAAAAUGCAAUUAAUGAUUAAACUCAACUUUACGUCACGUGGCUUCGACUGCUUCGAGGCAAGGAAUCCAUGGCUUCGAGCAUACGCACGUGUUUGUCGUGUUUUUGUUGGUUAGCAUCGAUAUUUAUUAGAGACACAACUUGAUAGUGCAGCUGGAAAGAUGGGUAAGGCGAAAAAGAUCAAGGUGUCUAAAAGCGAGACGAAAGAACCGAAAAUAGGUCUGGCGGAUCAAAUAGAGCUCGAGAAAGCGGUGAAAGUAAAAAAUAGGCAGAAGGUCAGACGCCGAGCCGACGAAGAGGAGUACGUAGCGCCGAAUCUGACGAAGAAGAUCUUGUCGCAAGCCAGGCGGCAGCAGCUGGAGAUCGAGGCUGAGGUUGGUCCGAGCGAACCCAGCCGGUGCGCGAAGAAGUCGGUGAAACUCGGCACCGCCGAUUUCAGCUCAGACGACGAGGCGCGAUCCAGCGGCGACGACGAGCCGGUGGAGGAUGUGUACUACUACGAGAACAUCGAGAUCGACGAGGACGAUGAACGGGCGUUGCAGAUGUUCAUGUCGAAGGACCCGGCGCCCACGCGGACGCUGGCCGACAUAAUAAUGGAGAAGCUGACGGAGAAGAAGACCGAGAUCGAGACGCAGUUCUCCGACGCCGGGACUGUUCAGCUGCAGGAUCUGGACCCGCGGGUGAGGGCGAUGUACGAGGGCGUCCGGGACGUUCUGGCCAAGUACCGCAGCGGCAAGCUGCCGAAGGCCUUCAAGAUCGUGCCCACCCUGCGCAACUGGGAGCAGAUACUGUACAUCACGGACCCGCCCAAGUGGUCCGCCGCCGCCAUGUAUCAGGCGACCAGGAUAUUCGCCUCGAAUCUGAAGGAGAAGAUGGCCCAGAGGUUUUACAAUCUGGUGCUGCUGCCGCGCAUCAGGGACGACUUGGCCGAGUACAAGAGACUGAAUUUCCACCUGUACCAGGCGCUGCGGAAGGCCCUGUUCAAGCCGGCCGGAUUCAUGAAGGGGAUCCUCCUGCCGCUCCUGGAGUCGGGCACCUGCACGCUCAGAGAGGCCGUGAUCGUCGGGUCCGUGAUCGCGAAGAACUCGAUACCGAUCUUGCACUCCUCGGCGGCCAUACUGAAAAUCGCAGAGAUGAAUUACACCGGUGCUAACAGCAUCUUCCUCAGGAUAUUUCUGGACAAGAAAUACGCGCUUCCGUACAGAGUGGUGGAUGGAGUAGUGUUUCACUUUCUUCAGUUCGAGCGCGACAGAAGAGAGUUGCCAGUGCUAUGGCAUCAGGCUCUCCUAACGUUCGUGCAACGAUACAAGGGCGAUAUCAGCUCCGAGCAGAAGCACGCUUUGUUAGAAUUACUGAGGAAACAUUGUCACCACUCGAUCACUCCCGAAAUCAGAAGAGAAUUACAACAUGCGAAAUGUAGGGACGUAGAGAUCACAGAGCCCACAUCAGAACCAGUGAAUACUGCGUAAUGUGUCAAGAUAUCAAAGAUGUCAAUGUCUGUAUCAGAUUACGCAUCGAAAACUGAGAACGCCGAAUUGAAGAUUAGAGUUCGACGUUGAGAUAUUUAUUUUAAUCCAUUUCAUUCUGAUUAGUUGAAUUCUAAUCUCCAAUUCGCAAUCCUCAAUCUCCCAUGUGUAGUCUAGUAUUGAUAAUUACAUAAAGGUAAUUAGAUAAUUAGAGAUAAAGAUUUGAUAAAAGAUAUUAGAAAGGAUUGAAAUCAAAUUGAAGUAUAUCUUGGUAAAUUAAAUAAUUCGCAAGAAGAUACGAAUUUCUGUGUAAAAAUACAUCUGUAUUUUGGUCCUCCUUUAUCGCGUCCUAAACUUAACUUAAACUUUAAAUACUAAUAUUUGCAUUAUUUUUACAAUUGUCACGCCAUGAAGAAAAUGAAGAAUAUGGUGUGCAGAUUAUGCAGAUUAAUAUGUACAGCAAUCAUAUAAAAGUCACAUUCAUACAAUUGUACAAGUUAUAAAUAUAUUUUAUGUUAUCAA